AUGAGUUCAUCAACGACAGCCAUGGUCUCCGGCUCAGGGGACUUCUCAGCCGGAGCUAUGAUCCCCAUCACACGCAGCUUCGUCCAGACAACCGCCGGCAGCGCCAUCACAACAGCGUACCUUCUCGUCGGCCAGGUCUUGGAUAAUGGCCAAACAAACUGGGUUGGCUACGACCACGGCAGCGCCGACUACCUCAUGACGAGCUCUUUUGCCAACGCCCAGCAAACCACUCUGGCCGAUGGCAAUACCUACUACGUUUCCGACGGAAAAUACCCUGCAGGCUACCUGGCCGGUGUGACGAUUACAGCUACGAGUUCAGGAGCCAGCGAGACGGGAUCUGGAUCUGUUUCGAGCGGUAUGGCGGCGGAGACGACCUCUAGUUCAGACUCAUCGCCAUCUUCUUCGUCCUCCUCCAGCGACGAGUCUACGACAAGCUCAUCAUCAGGGUCUGCGGCUGCGGCUACAACUUCUUCGUCUUCUGGCAAUCGCCUCACCGCCGGAGUAGCCUUCACCCUUGCUAUGGGUCUUCUGGCCGUCUUCUCGCUUUGA